AUGGUCAAGUUCUAUCCCACUCAUUGCAGUCGCCGAUCUUUUGCUACUCGUGCUGGAGUGUGUGCUGAUAAUGCCACCGAGGACGCGGACGAUACUUUCAAGCUCGCCAUCAACAGCGCCGACAUUGAGCCUGCCGAAGUCUCCACCAAGAGCGCCUCUCGACCGAAAGUCCGUCAUGACCCCUGUCGCACUACCUCCUUCAAUGCUCGCGGUCCGGCGUCAUGGAGUCUAGAAUUUUGUUUCCAUACGUCUGAGUGGCAUCCCCUUCCAGCCCGAUCGCCGGUGGAGGGUUGCUUCGCUGGUGUCGAUGCUCGUCGAGUGUAUCUCUGGCCUUAG